UUGCGUGAUGGUUAUAUCAGGUUAUAUGUGCGAGCACAUGCAGCUUUUCAAGAAUAUAAUUUACAAGAUUUCACGAUACUUUUAUAUAGUACCUAUAAUUAAUACGAGGAGUGACAGCAUGUCUUAUGUUUUAAUCGAAUUUGAUGAUGGGGGUGGUAGUGUUGCAGUUGUAAGAAGCACAUGGUUAACUCCUAGAAAACGAGAAGUUUUUUGGCCACCUGUAAAAGACCAAAAAACUUUUAAUAAAAUUUUAGAAAGCGUAGUACAUGCACAUACUGCAACAUGGAAACUGUACCCAGUACAGAGAUGUUUAUUUGAAACUGAUGAUUUACAAAGAGCUCGGCAGAAAUGUAAAUUAUCAGAGGAGACAUCCGAUUUACAAACAGAUAAUCAGGAGGCCGAUACUUACCGGAAAAGAAAAAGAGUAGUGCCACGUCGAUUUUUAUCAAGCGAUGAGGAUGAAAAUGAUAAUGAUGACGUUGAUGUUCGCCCUCCAAAAUUAAAAAACAAAUUUUUAACUACUCAAAAAACUCAAGAAAAAAAAAAUUUUAGACAAAGUGAGUUUUUUAGUGUAAAUUAAUAACCUUACAAAAAAGUUGUUGUGUAUUUUACCUAACAAAAAAGUUGUUGUAUAUUUGAAAAUCAACAAAUUACCUUUUUAAAAAAAGGUAAAGAAAAGGCGCCAAGUGCACGCAAAUCUUCCAAAAAAAAGUUGU